GCGCAUGGCUCCCACCAAUAGGAAGAACACUGGCGAGACAAGUGAAGCAGGCGAGGAGAAGAAGAAUGGGAAGGGCAGCUGGCGGAGACCGACCGACACGGCGUUCCAGCAGCAACGGUUGAGAGCAUCGCACCCUCUCUUCAUUCCUCGCACUGUGAUCCCAACGUUACUCGUCAUUGGUGUCAUUCUUGCUCCUAUAGGCGGCCUUCUCAUAUGGGGGAACACACUCGUCUCAGAGAUUGACAUCGAUUAUACCCACUGCGAGCUUCUACCAUCCACGACUUCCAAUUCCACACCGCUGAGCUUCACGAACCUGUCUUCGUCCGACUAUUCCUACAAGCUGCGAGCAGUCAGCUCAGACCUCACCGUCAACCCUCCACAGUAUGCUUUCCUCGACCUGACGGGCACGGACGGCAUCACCAAUGCCACAGCGCGGCAGUGCGUCCUCCAGUUCGACGUGCCUGCGGACAUCCAGCCGCCCGUGAUGCUGUACUACAAGCUCUCGAACUUCUACCAGAACCACCGUCGGUACGUCAAGAGCGCGAGCCUGGACCAGCUGUCGGGCAAGAAGCCGAGCAGCAAGUCGCUGUCUGACGACUGCCAGCCGCUGGACAAGAUCGGCAACCAGACCAUCUAUCCAUGCGGCAUGAUUGCAAACUCGAUGUUCAACGACACGUUUACGAGCUUGACGAUGCUCUCCGGCCCAGAGCCCAAUUCCACCUACGCCUGGUCAGAGAAGAACAUCGCAUGGCCAGGCGAAGCGAGGAAAUACGUCACGAAGCCAGCAUACGACCCCUCGGAGAUCGUCCCUCCCCCGUUCUGGGUCGAACGCUUCCCGGACGGCUACACGGCCGACAACAUCCCCGACCUCAAGCACGACGAGCACUUCCAAAACUGGAUGCGCACGGCGGGCCUCCCGACGUUCAGCAAGCUCUGGGGCCGCAACGACGACGCAGCGCUGGCGCAGGGCCGCUACCAGAUCGUCGUCAACCUGAACUUCCCCGUGCUGAAGUACGAUGGAACGAAGUCCAUCGUGAUCUCGUCCGCUGCGUGGCUGGGCGGCAAGAACCCGUUCCUUGGGUGGGCGUACGUCGCCGCUGCAGGCUUCUUGCUCCUCCUUGGCGUCGUCGUCGCUAUCGUGAAUUGCGUCAAGCCGAGGAAACUCGGCGAUCCCUCCAAGCUGUCGUUUAACCGGUGACGUAGUAUGCUGGUUCCCCAGUUCUGCUUGUCGGCAUGCCGUGGAAGGAAGAGCGUACGGGAUGAGGAGGUUGGUGCUUGCGUCGUACCGGUUGCUCUUGGGCUAUCACUCGUUUCUUCAUCCGCGGACUCAGGACAUUUUUGGCCUCUUGAUGUAGGAUGCAACUGCUAUCCCGGGAUUUUUUCAAUCUGGCUAUAUUACUGGUCGUAUACGGAGCCUAUAUCAUGCGCUAUCUUUAAUGCUAUAUAUG